ACAUUAUACAGCUAACCUCUAACCAACAAUGAAUAGCAUCAAAUCAGUGAUUGUGUGUUGCCUCCUGGUGGCCGUCUCCGCCGGUGUAGACCGAAGGAGAGGUGGACAAGGAUCCAACAGAUUCCUUUCUGGAGGCUUUGGUGGCGUCCACGGGGGCGGUCUCUUCGGUGGCGGAAUUCAUGGUGGUGGUAUCCAUGGUGGUGGAAUCCACGGUGGCAGUGCUAUUAUCGGUGGUGGAGUCUCCAAUGGCCCAAGUGAAUGCAGAUACUGGUGUGAGACUCCGGAGGGUCAAGCCUACUGCUGUGAGACGGUGCAUGAACCAGAGACACCUGUUGGUACCAAGCCACUCGAUUGUCCACAAGUCCGUCCAACAUGCCCACGAUUCCAUGGGCCCCCCACUACCUGUUCCAAUGACUACAAGUGUGCUGGCCUCGAUAAGUGUUGCUUCGACAGGUGUUUGGGAGAACACGUGUGCAAACCUCCCUCACUUUUUAAUAACCAUCUCCCCUUUUAAAGAUGGUUAUUGCAAGUAAAGAGCCAUUGAUGUUCCGGCUGAUGACGGAAGAUACGAAAUCUGUGAUUUGUAGAUAUUUAUUUUUAAAUAAUAAAUCCUUAUAUGUUUA